AAUUCAUCGAAAUUGUAGUUUGGUUAUUAGUUCGUUUCCGUUUGUUUCGCGAUCGCAUCGAAUGUGCAUAUAACAAAGAUAUUUCAAAUUGAUUGUUGAAUCUUAUUGAAAAUAAAAUGGGAGACUCCGAAGAGGAGAACGAGAAAGACUUGGUGUCUGACCUCAACAUCACUGGUUUUCUCUUUGGCAACAUUGAUGAUAAUGGUCAGUUGGAGGAUGAUAUCUUGGAUCCCGAAGCAAAACAACACUUAGCUUCGCUCAGUCGCCUCGGUUUAAGCUCAUUCAUCAGUGAGAUGAUGUCUAAUGACUGUACCACUGAGGAAAAAGAAAACAAAGUAGAUAAUAAGACAGAGGGUCAAAACACAACUGUAAAUGAUACCGAUGUGGAUUAUUUCACAAAAUCGCCUACUGCACUUGAUUUUUCUGAUAUAAAUGAAUUAGCGGAUGAUAUAAACGAUGACGCCCUAAAAAGUAAUAUAAUUGAUAAGAGAUUAGACAAGGAGAAUGCAGAUUAUGAUGCUGAUGAUGAAGAGGUUAUCAACAAGUCGGAUACACAACUGAUGCCACCUCCACCAAUACCCGAGGAAAAAGAAGCUUUAACUGCAGAGGAAGCAGAGGCUGCGCGUCAACGUAAAUUAGAGACGCCUUUAGCUUCUAUGUUGCCUUCCAAGUAUGCCAAUAUCGACGUUACUGAGUUAUUUCCGGAUUUUCGCACCAAUAAGGUUCUCAGAUUCUCGAGAUUAUUUGGUCCGGGCAAGCCGAGCAGUUUGCCACAAAUAUGGAGAGGUGUAAGAAAGCGACGUAAAAAGAAAAAGCAUCAUGAUAUCAAAGAUUCCGACUCUGGAUCUGAUCAGGAUGAUAAAAAGCCUAAAUUUAAGGGUUGGAUAAUGCAGUACGGUCCCGAGCCUAGCGCGGAAGCAUGUCGCUCAGAUGACGAAAACAAGCUUCUAUUACCGGUAGAAGACAAAGAACAGACUGGUAAGACAGGUGAAACCGGAGAGAACGGCGAUAUGGGACCCAAAGUGGCAGACUGGAGAUUUGGACCAGCACAGUUGUGGUAUGACAUGUUGGAGGUUCCAGAAACUGGAGACGGAUUCAACUACGGUUUUCAAACGAAGGAUAAAGCGGAAGACCAAGGGAGCGAUAAAUUGGAGACCAAGAUUGAAGAAUUUGCUGAUGAUGCGUUUUUGAUGGUAUCACAGUUACACUGGGAGGACGAUGUUGUGUGGAAUGGAGACGAUAUAAAGCAUAAAGUAAUGCAAAAAUUAAAUAGUAAGAAUAACGCAGCUGGCUGGGUGCCCUCGAGCGGCAAUAGAACUGCUCAAGCCUUUAGUCAACCAGGAAAAGGUGCUCCAGUUACAGUUGCGCCUAAUGUCAGAUUGGCUACUUCGCAAAUCGCAACGCCGUUACACAUGCAAUCCCAGAAGAAUAAAAUAAAUAUGGGCAAGGGAAAUCAACAACAACAACGUGAGGAAAAUUACGAUGAUACCUGGUACUCGAUAUUUCCUGUGGAAAACGAGGAACUAGUUUACGGUUUAUGGGAAGAAGAGGUGAUCUGGGAUCCGGAGAAUAUGAAGAAGAUCCCGAAGCCGAAGAUACUCACGUUAGAUCCAAAUGAUGAAAAUAUAGUUUUAGGCAUACCGGACGACAUUGAUCCUGCUCUUCUUCACAAGGAUAACGGUCCGCAGCCUAAGGUAAAAAUUCCUCACCCACAUGUAAAAAAGAGCAAAUUAUUACUGGGCAAGGCGGGCGUCAUCAAUGUCCUCGAAGAAGAUACACCUCCGCCGCCGCCCAAAUCACCUGACAGGGAUCCGUUUAACAUAUCAAACGACACGUAUUACAUGCCCAAAUCGUCAGAAACUACAUUGAGGCUGAAAGUCGGCGGCGGCAAUUUAAUACAGCAUAGUACUCCGGUGGUGGAGUUACGUGUUCCUUUUGUACAAACACACAUGGGUCCAAUGCGAUUGAGAAAUUUUCAUAGGCCGCCGUUGCGAAGAUUCAGCCACGGUCCAUUGGCUCAUCCAGGUCCGCACAGCGUUCUACCUUUACUAAAGCACAUUAAGAAGAAGGCUAAGCAACGAGAGCAAGAAAGAAUCGCUUCCGGUGGUGGCGAUGUGUUCUUUAUGAGAACACCUGAAGACUUAACCGGUCGAGAUGGGGAAUUGGUGCUUGUCGAGUUCUCGGAAGAGCACCCGCCGCUCAUGAACCAAGUCGGUAUGUGCUCCAAAAUGAAGAAUUAUUACAAGAGAAGAGCCGGUAAAGAUCAAGGUCCGCAAACAUAUAAAUAUGGGGAAACGGCAUACGCUCAUACCAGUCCAUUUCUGGGCAUUCUUACCCCUGGUCAAAGUAUCCAGGCGAUCGAGAACAACAUGUACAGAGCUCCAAUUUACGAGCAUAAAAUUCCUGAUACUGAUUUCUUAGUUAUAAGAACGAGACAGCAAUAUUAUGUUAGAGAGAUGGACGCCUUGUUUGUUGCGGGACAAGAGUGCCCUUUGUACGAAGUACCGGGACCUAAUUCAAAGAGAGCGAACAAUUUCGUGCGCGAUUUCCUGCAAGUGUUCAUAUAUAGAUUAUUUUGGAAGUCGCGCGAUACACCUCGACGGAUUAAGAUGGAUGACAUAAAGAAAGCUUUCCCGUCCCAUAGCGAGAGCAGUAUCAGGAAAAGAUUAAAAUUAUGUGCAGACUUUAAAAGAACUGGAAUGGAUUCCAACUGGUGGGUGAUAAAACCAGACUUUAGAUUGCCAACAGAGGAAGAAAUUCGCGCCAUGGUGUCGCCAGAGCAAUGUUGUUCUUACUUCAGCAUGAUCGCGGCCGAGCAGCGUUUAAAAGACGCCGGAUAUGGGGAGAAAUUCUUAUUUACUCCGCAGGACGAUGAUGAUGAAGAUAUGCAGCUUAAGAUGGACGACGAGGUAAAGGUGGCACCAUGGAACACGACGCGCGCUUACAUACAGGCUAUGAAAGGAAAAUGCUUGCUACAAUUGGCUGGUCCGGCAGAUCCAACUGGUUGCGGUGAAGGCUUCUCUUAUGUCAGAGUACCGAAUAAACCAACUAUUAGCAAGGAGGAGCAAGAAGCUCAACCAAAGAGAACUGUAACUGGCACAGAUGCGGAUCUAAGGAGAUUGUCUUUGAACAAUGCGAAAGCAUUGUUACGUAAGUUUGGCGUGCCCGAGGAAGAGAUCAAGAAGCUAUCGCGUUGGGAAGUAAUCGAUGUAGUACGAACUUUAUCGACAGAGAAAGCGAAAGCCGGCGAAGAGGGUAUGACAAAAUUUUCUCGAGGCAAUCGUUUCUCUAUUGCCGAACAUCAAGAGCGUUAUAAAGAGGAAUGCCAACGUAUUUUCGAUCUGCAAAAUCGUGUACUGUCGUCGAACGAGGUACUGAGCACAGAUGAAGGCGAGAGCUCGGAAGAAGAUAGCUCGGACAUCGAGGAAAUGGGUAAGAACAUUGAGAACAUGCUAUCGAAUAAAAAGACCAGCACGCAGCUAUCGUUGGAGCGAGAAGAACAACAGCGACACGAGCUACGAAAAAUGCUGAUGGGUGAAGCGCAGGAGCAAGAGAACAAGAAGGGCAAGGAAAAUAAAAAGAAAGACGAGGAAGAAGACAGUCCGAUUAACAAUUUUAAUGCACAGCAAGGUCGCGUAUUGAAAAUUUAUCGUACGUUCCGCAAUCCGGAGGGCAAAGAAUACACACGAGUCGAAUUGGUAAGGAAACCUGCCGUAAUUGAUACGUAUCUCAAGAUCCGCAACUCGAAGGACGAGACAUUUAUCAAGCAAUUUGCCACGUUGGAUGAGGCGCAAAAGGAGGAGAUGAAGCGAGAGAAGCGUAGGCUGCAGGAACAAUUGCGGCGGAUCAAACGAAAUCAGGAGAGGGAACGUAUGUUGGGCGGACCGGCGAUCGUGAACGGCAGUGUCAAUAAUUCGAAUAACAACAAUAAUAGCAAUAAUAAUAUAUUCGAUCGCAGCAGCAACAACACUCCGACUACCACUUCCUCGACCAGUAUCCUUCCGUUCUGUAAUUUCCCAUCUUCUUCCACUACCACUACCACUACACUUAAACAUCCAAAACCGGAGGUAUCACCUCCCAAGCGUAAAAAACCUAAACUUAAGCCAGAUCUAAAACUCAAAUGCGGUGCCUGCGGCAACGUCGGCCAUAUGCGCACCAAUAAAGCCUGCCCACUUUACCAGAACAGCAUCGCCACUGCACCGGUCAAUGUCGCGAUGACUGAAGAGCAGGAGGAAGAGAUUGAAAAGCAGUUGAACACCGAUGAUCAGGAUUUGGUAAAUGUCGAUGGUACCAAAGUGAAACUGUCGUCGAAAUUGAUCAAGCAUGCUGAAGAGAUGAAGAGACGUACACUGCUACUUAAAGUACCAAAGGAAGCAGUAAACUCGAAGAAACGCAGAAAACCGCCUACUGAUGAUCACUGUGAUUACUUAAAACGCCAUCAAAGACCAGUCAACAGGCGUAGGACUGAUCCAGUUGUUGUAAUGUCAACGAUGUUGGAGAGUAUUCUAAAUGAAAUGAGAGAUCUGCCGGACGUGCAACCUUUCUUAUUCCCAGUCAAUGCAAAAGCAGUUCCCGAUUAUCAUAAAAUUAUACAACGACCUAUGGAUCUACAGACUAUACGUGAGAAUUUAAGAUUAAAAAAAUAUCAAAGUAGAGAAGAGUUUUUGGCGGAUGUUAAUCAGAUUGUGGAAAAUUCAACUCUUUAUAACGGAGCGAAAAGUUCGUUAACCGUGGCCGCUAAAAGAAUGCUAGAUACGUGCGUUGAGAGGCUCGGAGAAAAAGAGGAUCGUUUAAUGAGACUAGAGAAAGCCAUCAAUCCUCUUCUGGACGACGAUGACCAAGUUGCCCUCACCUUCAUUUUAGAUAACGUUAUUAACAACAAGUUGAAAUCCAUGACAGAGGUGUGGCCAUUUAUGAAACCUGUUAAUAAAAAGUUAAUAAAAGAUUAUUAUAAUAUCGUAAAGAGGCCAAUGGACCUAGAAACGAUAUCCAAAAAAGUUUCUGCGCAUAAAUAUCAUAGCCGUCACGACUUUCUCAGGGAUAUUGAGCAGAUUUUAGAAAAUUGCGUGCUUUAUAAUGGGAAGGAUUCUCAUCUCACAAAUAAGGCAGAAUUACUAGUUAAAGUGUGUAAAGAAACAUUAGAUGAGUACGAUGAACAUCUAACACAAUUAGAAAACAAUAUAUUGCUUGUGCAAAAACGUGCGAUGGAGCAAGCGGAUAUAGAUUCUUCGUGGCUUGGUCCGGACGAUGAAAAUUAUACUAUUGCAGAAUCUGAAUUCAGAAACAGUCAGACCAGUUCUCCAGAGAAUCCAUUUGGCAAGUCAAACAUGGAUGACUUUGAUUACGUAGAUGUAGAAGGAGACGAAAUGGACGUUGAUAGAAAUUCGAAAAAGAAAGAUGUUCUCGAAGAAGAUCUUCAAUUCUCUAGUGAAGAUGAAUUCGAUGAAGUACCCUUUGUUACGGACGAACAUUCCGGACAAAACGAAAUGGAGACACUGGAGUUGAGCGAGGUCAGAGAGGAAGGUGUAGUACUAGCAGACGAUGAUAGCCAGCAAGCUGCCGAGGCGAUGGUUCAAUUAGGUAACGUCGGUUUUUAUGUGGGCGAGCAACAGCUGCUUCAGCAAGAUGAAAGCAUGGACGUUGAUCCGAAUUACGAUCCAUCGGAUUUCUUGCUAGCUGGCUUGCCGGCUAGAGACGAUAAAGGCGAAAAUAAGAUUCAAGAUGAUCUGGCUGUUUCCGAAAGCGACGAUGACGCCGAGAACACCAUUCCAAAGCAGGAGUCGCAACAGAACCAACAACAGCAGCAACAAUUAUCACAACCGGAUGAGGAUGUUGGCGGCGAUUUGUGGUUCUAAAUGCGCGUUUUGUUACUUUUUUGAAGCGAUACGAGGGCUAUAUAUCUAACAAUGGGCAGAUACAUUCACACACACAUGGUUACGGAUUCUCGAAUCCACAAGUUCAUCUUGUAUCAUUGAAGAGAAGAGUUGUAGGAUUUACUCUUCGUACAUUAUGUGCAUAUAUUGUAUAGAAUCUUGUAAAUAUAAAAUAAAAAAUGUUUUUCUUUUCUAUUUCAGUGUAUUAACAAUCUUGUAC